AUGGCUGCAAACAAGACGUCCGCCGUUGCGGACGAACCCGUUGAUGUCCUCUUCGCCCUGCACCCCAAGUUCGACAUGCUCGACUUUGCUGGCCCAUUGGAGGUGCUCACGACGGCCUGCCACGACUUCAAAGACCAGUCAUCCAAGGCUUUCGAAGUCACCAUCGCCGGCUCCGAGCCCAAGGUCCUUUCCGAGCAGGGCGUCCUCGUCGGCUCUCAGAUCUCCUUCAAGGAGGCCCACGACCGCCUCGAGGAGUUUGACAUUCUCGUCAUCCUCGGCGGCAACUCGCAGGAGGUCCUGGACAAGGAGGCCGAGCCUCUCGGUCUCAUCAACGACUUUGCCGAGCUUCAGAAAAAGGACCCUGCCCGCGAGCGUACAGUCCUCUCGGUCUGCACCGGCUCGCUCUUCCUUGCCCGCGAGAAUAUCCUCUCGGGCUUGUCGGCCACGACCCACCCCGACUACAUGACCAAGUUUGAGAUCCUCUGCAGCGAGGCUGCCACCCGCAACCUCACUGAGCGUACCGACGUCAUUGAGGACGCCAGAUACGUGGUCAACAACCUUCGCUUUGACCUCGGCGACGAGGACGAGAACCCGUAUAUCCGCCGCAAGUCCGACGCUGGACGCCGACCCUCCAACGCUCGCAAGGGAAGCAUGUCGUGGAAGGGAUCCAACACGCGCCGCGAGUCCAUUGCCCGCCGCGCGGCCAUGCGUCUCGGUGGCCUGCGGGUCAUCACUGCUGGGGGAAACAGCGCGGGCGUGGACGCGGCCCUCUAUCUUGUUAGUGUCAUGGUUGAUGAGGAAUGCGCGGUGGAGGUUGCCAGGAUCAUGCAGUGGACCUGGAACAAGGGCGUCGUCGUCGAUGGCCUCGACGUUUAG